AUGGAGUUGGGUGUGCGGCCGUUUCCCUGGCGGCCUCACUUCUUUGAACUCUUCAUCGUUUUGUUGUGUACAUUUUCUCUCUCUUUUCGAUUAGCACAAUCUGCUUCAACGAGGGAAACUUGUCGAUUAAUAGGUGAGGAAAAGCUGAUCGACAUUGAGGGUUGUCCUCUUCAAGUUGUCAGAGUGAAUGCCUGCGCUGGUUACUGUCACUCGCAUACACUUUUCAAUCCAAUCGACGGGAAUUUCUUGAGAAGGUCACAAUGUUGUCGAAUGGUCGAUAAGGAUUAUGUGACAAAGACGCUAAAUUGUGAAUCGGGUGAGCGUGUGGUGAGAAUACCGACAGCAAUUCAAUGUUCAUGCAUGGAAUGUGCUCCAUCGACGGAAAGGAGACGA